AGACUGCCAUCUCACCUCCUGCAGCCAUUCAUUGCACAGAAUUCCACCUCCCGCAACGUAAGUGGCAUUGCAGUCACCUGACUCGCGGAAGAAGUACUCGGUACCUCUCACGAAUACUCCUUUUUCUUGACGCUCGUUUUGCGCUUUGACCGCCGUCACUGGCGUAUGUACUUUACGGAGUACACUCAGCCAACUGCGCCUCACUUUUCCAUUCUCGUUGCCGUCCGUAGGGGACGCUGAACAUCAUGGGCGAAUUGAUUGUAGUGUGUUGCCAUGCCAUUUGCACAGAUUCCUUGAAUCCACACGAGGAACAAAGUUGGCUGCUGAAGCCUUUCCAAAAGUCUGAUCCGACUACCGGAAAGCCAGGUGAACACGAGACCUUCUUGCUGCAUAUCCAAGCCGGAGCAAGUGCACUCCGUAGAGCUGGCACCGUUCUCGUCUUCUCGGGCGCGAAGACAGAACGAGACGCUCCUUUGAGCGAAGCCGACAGCUACCGAAAUGUCCUUACGCAAUGCCUCGGCGAGUCCAAUGUCGUGCAACAAGCCCUGGCGAAUGGUAGGAUAGUGUGCGAGGACGCUGCAACAGACAGCUACCAAAAUCUGCUCUUCUCUCUCAUCAAGUAUUACGAGGUUGAAGGCAAGUGGCCACAAAUGAUUACCGUAAUCACACAUAGUUUCAAAGAAGCUCGCUUUCUUGAAUGCCACGCGGACGCAAUUUGCUGGCCUCGUAAGAUGAUUCGUGUGCAGGGCAUCAACCCUCCUUUUCCUCUAUCGGAACUACGAGAUGUACAACGACUAGAGAGAGAGACUUUGGAUCUCUUUAGAGCAGAUCCUCAUGGCGUAUAUGCUCCUUUGUCUUCAAAGAGAGCAGCAAGACAAUGGUCCGAAGAUACUGACCUACUCCGAGGAAUCUCAGACGCGUCUGUAAGGCAUUCUUUACAAGAGCUCUUAGAGACUCGUGAGCGGACUAUGUUCUCGCAACAGUUGCCAUGGACAGAAUUUGGCUCUUGAACAACCAAAUCGAUAGGGUUACAAAAAGAAGAAAAGAAAGAUCAUAGCAGUGUGAUGGUUGUGACGAUGCCAAGACGAGUCGGAGAAGCAUGUGAAAUCGCCGGAGCAAGAAGGCAUCUGGUCAACAAGUUUUCUCGACAUGCGCCCCGUGAUACGAACAUUCUCGACAUGUCUGCGACAGCUGCCGCGGCCUUUAUCGCUUCGUGGCAUCCGACUGCAAACCACAGGUGAGACGAGAGCGUAUGACUAAUGCUCAAGAGGGCGC